GACUUAGUUAUCCCUAGUCAAUAAGAACAUAGAAUUUAGAACGGAGAAGUUUUGAACAGCAGUGAGAAACGAGUAAAAAAAAAAACAAAUAAUUUGCAAAUUGCAAGUCAAUAGCAAAAUUGCAAAACCAAAUCAAAUUAACACAAAAAGCCGGUAUCUUUUGGAAAGUCUAGUAUUCAGAAAAGAAGAUCACAAUGAAUGUACCACAACAUGAUAAUAUUUUUCUCUUCGUGCCAAAUUUGAUUGGGUAUGGUCGUAUCGUGUUGGCUUUAAUAGCAUUUUGGUUCAUGUCCACCAAUUAUGUUGUAGCCGGUUGGUGUUAUGCAAUAAGCGCCUUGCUGGAUGCAGUGGAUGGUCAUGCAGCUCGAGCUUUUAACCAGAGCACACGUUUUGGUGCUAUGCUGGAUCAGCUUACUGACCGCUGUGGUACCAUGGGAUUGAUGGUAACUCUCAGCUUAUUCUAUCCAGAAUACAUGUUUUGGUUCCAGCUGUCAAUGGCCAUAGAUGUGGCCUGUCAUUGGCUGUACAUGCAAACGAGUGUUGUUGUUGGCAAGACAUCACACAAAGCCACUGAUCUCAGUGAAAAUAUUGUAAUGCGUAUCUAUUACAAGAAGGAUGUUUUGACCUUUAUGUGCUGCGUCAAUGAAGCAUUUUACAUUAGUCUUUAUGUAUUGCAUUUUACCACCGGACCAUUGCUUUUCGGUAUCUCAUUGUUCAAAAUUGUGGCCGUCCUUACAGCCCCCUUGGCUGUAUUGAAGGCGCUGAUUAGCUGCAUGCAUGCCUAUGUGGCCAGUAUAGAUUUGGCUGGCGUUGAUAAACGAGAACGUUUGGAGAAACGUGCCAAAGAAGCUAGCAAGCGUUCAGAAUAAGCUCGUGCGAAAGCUGUAUACAGAUUUCCUUAUUAGUUUUUAAGAUUACCAGUCCAAGACAUGCGGGCGUAUGUAAGGGCUUCCUUGCAAACUAACAUGUCCAUAUGUUUUUGUUGUAAACAACAAAAAUAUUAUAACAACUGCAUAUUCCAAUUUUAUUUAUUGUUUAAUUUUGUAAAACAAAUCUACAAAAGUUAAUUUGAUUUUAUAUAUAGCUAUUAUUAUUUUUCGCCGAUACAAAAUUUUGUACAUUGUUUGUAGUUUUUUAUUAGGUUAUUCAAUUUUACAAUUACGUAUUUUUUUAAUAAUUUAUUUAAAUUAUUAUUUGCUUAAAUAACUUUUAAGUAGUUAAACAAAUUGUUUUGUUGAUUUCAGAAUUCGCUGAAACCAAAAUUUUAAUUUAAUUUUAUUUUCGUCAUUGGAAAAUGAUUUUGAAAAAGUAGAAAAAAAGUAUUGUGCAGAAGAACUUUGUUUUUUUUAACUUCUAAAUCGAAGUGCAAAUAUUUUGAGAAUUCAACAUUUAAACAAAUAUAUUGUUGUAAGCAUUUUAAGAUAAGAAAUAUUAAAUAAAAUAAAACGAAGAAAAAUGUUUCAGUGUGUAAAUGUA